AUGUCGUCCCUUCGUCCCGACGGGCGCUCGCGGGAGAUGCUCCGUCGUCAGCGGUUGCAUCGAUCGAGAGUGCCGAGCGCGAGCGGGAGCGCGGAGUAUCGCAUCGACGGGACGAUCGUCGUCGCCGCCGUGCACGGGCCAUUGCGAAUCGCGCCGUGGCGAGAGGCGCACGAUCGCGGCGUCAUCGACGUCGAACUGAGCGCCCCGGGUUGGAUGUCGCGAGACGAUCAGCGGGCGUGCGAGGGGAGGCUGCGAGGGGCGAUCGAACGGUGCGUGGAGCUGAGGGAUUUUCCGCGAUUCGGGUUGAGGAUCUCCGCGCGCGUGGUGAGCGACGACGGGAACGCGGAAGCGGCGUGCGUGAACGCGGUGUGCUGCGCCCUGAUCGAUGCGAACGUUCCCAUGCGUGGGUUGAUAUGCGCCAACGCGUGCGCGUUGACGAGGGAGGGAUCGAUGGUGAUCGAUCCGACGAAGCGGGAGGAGACGGAGGCGAGGGCGGUGGUUCGCGCGUGCGCGCUGAGCAAGCACAGGGAGAAGGACGAGAUCGCCAUCGUUGGUUGCUCGACGACGGGGGCGUUGACGGAGAAGGAAUAUUUAGACGCGAUAGCGUUCAUCGUCGACGCCACGGCGGCGGUGGUGAACAUUCAGAAGAAGAGCAUCGCUCGUUACGAGGUGCACGGAAAGCUCCACGAGGACGAGGCGCCAAAGAAACGACAGAAUACGGAAGACGCGCCGAUGGAGGGGAUGGAAAAUCGGCCUUUAGGAUAG